AUGGAGAUGCAUGGAACCUCCAAGGAGAUCGUGCCUCCGACUUCAGAUCUAACUAUACGGCCAUCAAGUCCAACACUCCAACCAGACAGGAUCAUCAAAACCCUGAUCAGCAGUCGUAAUUUGGAUCGAGUGCAUAAGCUGAAGAGUGCAAUGACCAAGUUGACAAAUCGGGUUCAAAAGGUAAGGGAUGAACUUGAACAGCUACUUGACGAUGACGAUGAUGAUGACAUGGCUGACCUUUACUUAUCAAGAAAGUUGGUUGGGACUUCACCUGUGAGUGACUCUGGUGCUCCAAAUUGGUCUUUCGCCUCUCCUACUAUAACCAUAGGCUCUAAAGUAUCCAGAGCUAGCAGGGCAAGUGUAACAACAGUUCAGGAGGAGAAUGACGUGGAGGAGCUUGAGAUGUUGCUCGAGGCCUACUUUAUGCAAAUUGAAGGCACGUUGAAUAAAUUGACCACGCUGCGUGAAUACAUUGAUGACACAGAGGAUUACAUUAACAUCCAGCUUGACAAUCAUCGGAAUCAGCUAAUUCAGCUAGAGCUGUUUCUGAGUUCCAGAACUGUUUGUGUGUCUAUAUAUUCUUUGGUGGCUGCAAUAUUUGGCAUGAACAUUCCAUAUACAUGGAACGAAAAUCAUGAGCAUGUAUUCAAAUGGGUAUGUACAGUGUAAAUUCUUGUUGGACCAUCACAUUAUCAAUUUUAAUGCUUAGGUCAAACCUCAAAUUGAAAAAAGAAAAAGAAAAAAGAAGGUCUUAUAUGUGUUGAUCAGUUGCAGAACAUGGAAUAAGUCAUUACAGUUUCAGUCUCCUUUGGUGUUCAAAGCUACAGAACUAUUAUAUAAUAUCAGGUGUAACUAAGUAAACUGAAUGGUUUUGUUGGAAUUCAUCAUCAGUGCAGAGAUAUAUAAGAAUUGUGAGAGGAACAAAUGAAUGAUAUAUUAUUGAUAAGAAACAUGCUAGCAGCACAUGAAACCUAAACUUAUCUAAAAUUUGCCAUCUCAUCCUAUUCUAAUUGCCCUACAGUUUAGUUGUCCUAUUAGUUAAUUAUGAAGUGGGCUGAUGGUUCACUGUUUAUGUUAGACUCUCUAUCUAAUGUUU